UUUCAUAAGGGUCACACACCAUUUGCAUCUUUCCUAUUGGAAUUCCUCUCCACAUGAAGUCCCUCCUCCUCUUCCCUGCUAACCUGCAGUCUCGUUGUGGGUGGACUGGGUGAGAGAGGGGGUACAGGGACAAUCGGAGGCAGAAGCUCUGCUGCACCUGUGGCAGGCGCCCCUUCCUGCUCAACGGGAGGAUCAUAUCACUGCGUUUCCCCAGGCAACAGGUAUCUGAGGCCAGCGGGGGGUCCAGAAGCCUAAACCCCCAAUCCUGCCGUGGAACGUGACUCACCCAGUCCCACCUGGCUUAAACGCAUUUACCUGUGUUUGCUCACUCUGUCCCUCCCAGGUGCACAGCACAGUGUCACACUCAUCAAACCUGUUCCUCCUCAUUCUGCUGGAUCUGACCGCGGGAUUUAGACACAACAGGGUUUUGCCUCCUCCCAAAGAGAGCACUGAGCGGAGGCCGUAUCAGCGAAGCGAAUCCAGCGCAGCAGACUUCUACUUUAUCACAUCUGCACUCUCAUUCAAAAUCAGCUGAUUUAAAAACAGAAAAAUCUUUUAGGCAGAGUCAAGUGUCCACGGACCGACGGGGGCAACAGAAGAAAACAAAUGGCAACUGACUCGUCGCUACUGAGAAACGAUGAGAGUAAAGAGCUGAGGAUUGUUCUGCUGGGAGGAAGAUGGGGUGGGAAGAGUUCAGCAGGAAACACCAUCCUGGGAGAAGAGAGGUUCGAAUCCGGAAGACAAAGAACAGCAAAGAGCGACGACCGGCAUGCAACAGUGGCUGGCAGGAAGCUGAUCCUGGUUGAUACGCCCGGGUGGAAAGGUCAUUUGUCUCUCAGGGAAACCACAGAGGCGGACAGACGAGAGAUCAAGCAAAGUGUGUGCAAGUGCCCUCCCGGACCCCACGCCUUCCUCCUGGUUGUUCCUGUGGAUUCAGCCUUCACCGAGGAACACAGGAGAUCGCUGGUGGACCACCUGACGCUCCUGGGCGACAAAGUCUGGAAAUACUCUAUGGUGCUGUUCACCUGCGGUGACUGGCUGAGAGAAAAAAGCAUCGAGGAGCACAUAGAGACAGAAGGAGAUGCUCUGCAAUGGCUGACAGAUAAAUGCAGAAAUAGAUUCCAUAUUCUCAACAACAAGAACAGGGAAGAUCCCACUCAGGUCUCACAGCUGCUGGACAAGAUUGAGGAGAUGGUGGCAGAAAACAAUGGCGGCCAUUUUGAAGUUGAUGAAAGCACUCGUCAAAUGAUCCUGACGAAGAAGAUGGAGGUGGAAGCAAAGGCAACAGAAAGGAAGAUGCAGACAGACAAACGCAGAGAGGAGCUGAGUAGACUCCUCCAGGGGGCAGAGCAGCCCACAGAACUCAGGGUGGUUCUGCUGGGGAGCAGAAACGCUGGAAAGAGCGCGUCGGGGAACACAAUCCUGGGCAGCGAGGAGUUUGACAUUAAGAAAGGGACCUUGAAGUCUGUGGUGAAACGCGCUUGUGUGGAAGGGACGGCCAUAACCAUAGUCGACACUCCCGGCUGGUGGCAAGGUUUCUCUGUCCGCGACACUACCAAGCAGGGGAAACAGGAACUGACACGCAGUGCGUCUCUGUGUCCGCCGGGACCCCAUGUCUUCCUGCUGGUCAUCGACACGGAUGUGGCCUUCACCGAGAGGCAAAGAGAAGCUGUGGAGGAACACCUUCAGCUCAUCAGUGGGCGUGCCUGGAACCGCACCAUGAUUUUAUUCUCCAGAGCUGAUUGGCUCGGAGCCAAGUCCAUCGAGCAGCACAUAGAGGAGGAAGGGAAGGCUCUUCAGUGGCUGGUGGAGAAGUGUGGGAACAGGUACCACGCCCUCGACAACAAGAACAAGGACAACAAGGCUCAGGUGGCAGAGCUGCUGCAGAAGAUGAAGGAGGUGGUGGCGGGAAAUGGCGGGAGCUUCCAUGAGGUGGAUGGGAGAGCCCUGCAGUCCAUCGAGGAGGACAGGAAGGCCGUGGAGGAGAAAGCCAAGCGGAGGAUGACAAAAGCCAAGGAACAGAGGAAGAGAUUCCAAGGGACAAACAUCCAUCUUCCUGAGAUGAAGGUGGUCCUGAUGGGGCAGAAAUCAUCGGGGAAGAACGCGGUGGGGACGACCAUGUUGGACCGGGAUGCGUUCCCCAGCUGCGAAACCGCGUGUUGUGAGAUAGAAGAGGGCGUGGUUUUUGGGAGACGGCUCACAGUUGUGAACACCCCAGGCUGGUGGGAUAAUUCGGCAAGGUGCACCUUGGAGCAGGACAAAGAGAUCAUGAGGGGACUGUCUCUGUGCCUCCCAGGGCCCCAUACUGUCCUCCUGGUCAUCCCUGUAGACGUGGCCUACAGAGAGAGACACAGGAGGGCGCUGGAGGACCACCUGUGCUGUCUUGGUGAGGAAGUCUGGAGACACACCAUCGUGCUGUUCACCUACGGGGACAGACUGGGAGAGACGAGCGUGGAGCAGCACAUAGAGAGGGAGGGCUGGCCCCUCCAGUGGGUGGUGGAGAAAUGCGGGAACAGGUACCAGCUCUUCAACAACAAGAACAGGGGCGAUGGCGCUCAGGUGGCAGAGCUGCUGGAGAAGAUGGAGGAGAUGGUGGCGGGAAAUGAUGGGGAGCAGUUCUCUCCGGACAUGAGUCAGGUCUACCGCGAGGUGGAGAACAUGCUAAAGAGGAAGGUGGCUGAGGAAAUGAAAGUAUGCUAUGUGGAGGAAAUGAACUGGAGGGAAAAAGAACUGAAAGAACAAUUUGAGGAGGAAUGGAGGAGGAGAGAGAAAGAACUCUUUGAGAAGUUUGGAGACUCAUCAGUGAAAGGCAAACAGCCAGCUAAAUUAAAAAUCAAGCCUUCCACUGCUCUGCCCUCAAAGGAAAGAAAAAUUCGGAAGGAACAGAGAAAGAAUGAGGAGAAGACAAGUCAAGACAACUACCCGCAAAAACUGAGCGAAGGGAUGGUCUCUCAGAGUCGAGGCUGGAAACUCCGUUUCUGGAUGAGGAACAGCCUUGAGUUUGGCCCACCCAGCAUGAGUGAAGGGAUGGAUUCUCAGAAUAGCAGCUCGAACCUGCAUUUCCGGAGGAGAAACAGCCUUGAGUUUGGCCCACCCAGCAUAGGUGGCAGCACUGAGCAGAUGCGGACAGAGAGCACUACAGGCCCGCAGGAAGCCCUGAGGAAGAGACGCCAGUCUUGGUCGCCCUCCACCUUCUCAACCGCCUCGACUGGACAAGAUUCCGGAAUUACUUCCCGCUUGGGUUCCCUUCGGUCCUUAACCAUCUCGGAGUACCCGGCCGAGAGCGACGCAGCACUUCCUCCCGGCACAGGAAGCCGGUAGCAGAGGCAGGACACUAGGGACUCACUUCUCUCAGAAGGGGGCAGUCAGCUGGGAUGGUGUUUCUCAAUCAGUCCCAGUGUCCUAGCCUUUAGAUAGCCUGGGGGGCUAGCUUAGCUUGCUAGCCAUCAGGAUGAGUAGGAGAACCCUGCAGUGGGCCUCGGUGCCCUGAUGGAAACCAUGGGGCUGUGUAGCUAGUCCACUGCAGAGGGGGCUGUUUAGGUCACCAUGUGUGGGGUGGCCAUUUGUAAAAUUUGAACAAGACACAGGGUAUCAACAUUCUCUAAUGUUUAUGAAACAACCAUGUGAUCUUUAAUGACUCAAUGUGUCAGGACUCUUAAAACUUUGAACCUUUUUCUUCACAAUCUCACCUAGAAGGCUGGACCUUCUACAGCACAGUGUCCCCAUCACUACCUUUGGACAGUGGGUUUCCUGCAUGAUUCGGUGUGUAGACUGCCCCCUGCUGGCUGAAUCACCAGCAGCAGGGGUGUACUGUAAAUAGGGGCACCGUCAGGGAUUUUGGCGGUGUCCCAGUUUACAGAGGUUUUAAAAUGAAGAAAAAUUCAUUAGUUCAUUCCGGACCAGAGACCUGUUAAAGUUUUCUGUUCAAACGUAAAGUAACAGGUGUUCUCCAUAUCCCAUAUUCUUUUUGUAAAAAAAAGAGUGAGAAAAAAUGUCUACCCCAAUGUUUUCUACAGUAAAAUGUUCAGCGUCCACUCUGGACCAAAUGUUAUCAGUUAGAGUUUAAUUAACACUGUUUUUGUUGAAUUAACACUUGUCAUUUAACUGUGUUGAGUACCUGUAACUCUUACUGAUA